AUGGGCCUGGGGCGGUGGGGUUGUUGUUAUUUGCUGCAGGUGCGACAGAGUGCUGUACGGGGGCCGCCUGGUGCCCCCCCGCAGCCGCAGCAGCAGCAGCAGCAGCAGCAGCAGCAGCAGCAGCAGCAGCAGCAGCAGCCCUCAAAGUUGCUGGGGGUGUCUCCAAACAGCAGCAGCAGCAGCAGCAGCAGCUGCUGCUGCAGCGGCGGCAGGCUCUGGCAGGAGGAGCUGCAGCAGCCCGCUGCUGCUGCUGCUGCUGAGGCGCAGCCCUCCCGGGCCGCAGCCGAGCUCCUGCAGCAGCAGCUGCUGCAGCAGCAGCUGCAGCAGCAACUGCAGCAGCAGCAGCAGCAGGAGACAGACAGCCAGCGACCAGUGUCUCCUUUUGCUGCUCUCGACUUGCUGGGGGGCGCAGCGCCGCCGCUGCUGCCAACCGACAGCAGCAGCAGCAGCAGCAGCAGCUACAAGGAAUUUAAUAGAGAUUUUAAUCAAGAGACAAACUAUACGAGCUGGCAGCAGCAGCAACCCUGGCAGCAGCAGCAGCAGCAGCAGCAGCAGCAGCAGCAGCAAAGAGACGUUCCUGCCUUGCGAGCACCCGAGGCCAACCUCCUCAGCCUCCCCGCUUCCCCGAGGGAGCAGCAAAGCCCAUCUGCUGCUGCUGCUGCUGCUGCUGCUGCAGGAGAGGAACUUGGCGCUGCAGACGCUGGCGCGUCAGCAGCAGCAGCAGCAGCAGCAGCAGCUAGCAGCAGCAGCAGCAUGGGCCCCCCGGGGAGCGCCCUAGAUGAACUUGACGCCCUCCUCAGCACCAUCAGCCUGCAGCAGCAGCAGCAGCAGCAGCAGCAGCAGCAGCAGCUGGCGCCGGAGUGGUCCCUGCUGGACUUUUCGCAGUCUCCCAAUUUUGAAUCGCUGCAGUUGCAGCAACAGCAGCAGCAGCAACAGCAGCAGCAGCAACAGCAGCAGCAACGCCUGCAGCAGCAGCACCAGCAGCAGCAGCAGCAACGCCAGCAGCACCAGCAACAAGCGAAGGCGUGGGCCUGA